CUUUUGUAUCUUAAAACCUCGACUCGAACACCUGACCUGACAGCUUAAUCUCCCUUCCAUAUCUAUCAAGCAUACACUUCUACGCUACCUCCACUGAAGCUACAAGUACGUGCAGAUUUUUGUUGGCCAGAGAGCGUCGCGAAAAUUUAGUUAAUCGUUGAAACUGCUAGAGUUCGGUUGCGUGUAUCUCAAAGGUCUCAAUUUAAAUCGGUUUUGUAUCUUUCAUCUAUAUACACAUUGGUUUAAGUUUUUUGUUGUUGUUGUUGUAUGUUUUCGUUGAAAAUGCAUCUAUCGUGGGAUUCUGCGAUGGUUUCGCUGGUGUUGCUGUUGGUCAGUUUAGCUGCAACAAUUGAUUGCUGGAAGCCAAUUGUUGGCCAUUCAACCACAUAUAGUCUACACCAAUCGCAUCCAGGAUUCGGUUCGCAAUCACACUCGAUAAACACCCUCGGUGGUAGUGAUAUUCCUUUAGAGUUCACUGGGCCCGAGGCUAAAUUAGCGCCAAUUGUUCCAACGGAGCCGACUGGCCUCGAGGAUAUAUUUGGGUAUAACUAUCAAGAGCCGAGGCAUGUGACAAGUUCCGUUUUCGGUGAGGAUCCGUGUAGUGUGAAAAAGUAUGCAUUCGACCACGAAGGAACAGUGACGCUUCGAAACAAAAUUCCAGAACUAGAACAGUUCACGGUUUGUUAUUGGAUGCGAUUUACAAAUCACAGUGGCGAUCACACUUUAUUGACUUAUUCAGACAAAAAGGAGAAACGUCAAAUACAAUUUUGGAUAGCGAAUUCAAAAAAUUCCAGUUUUGUAUCGAUGGCCAUUCGGGGACAACAAGUCUACAGACUCAAUUAUCCACUGAGAACAAGACAGUGGCAUCAUAUCUGCACGUCAUGGAAUGGUAAAAGCGGUGAAUGGCAAGUCUGGCUAAAAGCGGAACGAAUCGGACGCGGCUUCCAUAAUGCGUUGGUAUCGCAUAAAAUUCCCGCCAACGGAAUGCUUUUCGCCGGUGGACCGUCUGAGACUGGAGAAGUUGCCCAUGGACUUCACUUUGAGUUGACCCUGAUACAAAUUUACAAGGUGGCAUUGAGUGCUGGUAAAGCCCACCGUGAUCACAAACAUCACCACGUGCACCACUUUGAUCACGAGGGACAAGAAGUCACAACAACCAAAGCUCCGCCACCAGUCAUGAACCCACCCCAGGCUAUGAAUAACCUCUUGGCAAAUGGUCAAAUUCGUACUCGAGUGAGGAUCAAUUUCGCACAACCGACUCAGACCUUGAACAAUAUAAUUGGUACCAAUUCAGAUGUCAGCGGUGUUCCUGCUCCCCAAGCUACAAUAAAUACAAACUUUGUCAAUGGACAGUUCCACACAAACAGCCGUCUGGUAGCCCAACAGCUUGGAGGAUUGGCUGGUCCGUCUGGACCGAUAGGUCCAACAAGAAUUCCUUCACGGGUAUCAGUUUUUGGCAGUCGUAUUCCAAAUUCUAUAAACUCUCGAAUUGUAGACGACACUAGCAGUCGGGUCAUUUUCAAGCGCAGUCUCGACCGCAAAAUGAAGAAUCAGGAAAAGGUCUUGAACAAGCGUGGUUUAGUAUUCCUCGAAGAUGGUUCAAUUGUCGAUGAUGAAGAAUUCAAGUUUGAGGGUUUAGCUGAAUUUGGAGGCAAGGAAUUCAAACACGACUUGAAGGUUAAAAUGAACUUAGACCAUGAGGAUAUCGAAGAUGAGAUCAAAGAACAUGAUCGUGAGCCUGCCGAAGAGGAAGUUAAAGCAGUAAUGGAAUUUUGUGGAAAUUGCGAUAUUGAGCCAUUCCAGGGGGCAAUUGUAUUUGCAUGGAAAAAUGCCAUGGGUUCUAUGGAUCGUGCAUUAGAUGGACAAAGUGUGGGUCGAUGUGGUAAUUUUUAGGCUUCUAAUGUAAACAUUUUGUUUAAGGAACUUAGUUUCACUAGUCAGCGAACAUAAGAUAAAGAAAGAGAGCAAAAUCCAUUAUACCACCACACACACAAUCAUUUAAUGAAUAGUUAAUUGUAUAACAUUAUAAAUUUAUAAAAUUGUAAAAAGUAGUUCAUAGUUAUAAGUUACUUAAUAAAUGUUAUUUUUUUUAUUUUUGAAUUUUCUAGGUAAU